AUGAACUCUGUAUCAAAUAUUGAUAUUUCAUCGAUUAUUUAUCGUUAUGUCGAAAAGCAUGAACAACAACAAGCAGUAGAUUUAUGGUGUCCUAUCUUUAAAACAAAUCCUAAUGUGGAAAAAUCUUAUUUUUCAUUGAAUGCAUCACCAAAUUAUGAAGAAGGUGAUACAUUGGGUGCAUGGUAUAAUGAUAAAUUAAUUAGUACAUUACAUAUUCGACGUUUAACAUUAUUCUCAAAUGAAAACAAUAAGAAAUAUCUCUGUGGUGGUAUUACCAAUGUAGCUACUAGAGAAGAAUAUCGAAAUCAUGGUCUUUCUCGACAUCUUUUACAAAUGGCUAUUGAGAAAAUGGAGAAAAGUAAUGAAUUCGAUCUAUCAAUGUUAGGUACUGGAAGACCCAAUCAUUAUUCAGUUUUUGGAUGGGAACAAGUACCUCAACCUAUUAAAAUUAUCAUUGAAUGGAAAACUAUUAGCCCAUUAGAUAUCGAUGUUGUAUGGCGUCCAAUAUCUGAUCUUUCGUCUAAAGAUUUUGAACUUUUACAUCAAAUUCAUUCGAAUAAUCCACGUAUCUAUCAAAUUGUUCGAACUCCAUCUACAAUAUUACAACAUUGGGUUAAAAUGAGAUGGGAAAGCAAUGGUGCUAUUGUUUGUCUAUAUGAACAGGAAGAAGAACAAGGUUAUGUAGUAAUUGGUAAGUCCGACAAUGAAGCAGAUAUAUGUGUAUUGGAAUGGCAAGCACCAAAUCGUAAUCUUGAACAAAAAUUAUUAUCUUUAGCUGCAACAGAGAUUCGACAACGUUAUGGAUCAAAUAAAGUUAUUUGUCUGUUUGCAUUACCAAAAUAUAUGACAAUUGAAGAAUUGACUGAAUGGGCUGGUCCUCUUCAAAUUGGUAUUAACCAAGAAAUAAUGAUGCGUAAUAUUCGAUUACCAAAAGAAAUAUAUGAAAAGAUCAAAAUUAAUUACUCGAAUGGUUCUACUGUUUUUUGGUCAGGGGAUUAUUUUUGA